AAUUACGUUCACAGGUACAGCAGUGAGCCCAACUCAAGUGUGGAGAGCUUUGUUCCCUCCAUGACUUCUUGGCUCCCCCCGGAGAAGAGUGCUUUCCUGUGGUCGCCCUGAAAUGGAACUUCACUGACAGCUCUGCGGUGUUACUGUACCUCGCGGUCAUUUUCGUUUCCUUUCUCUCUACCUGAGCACUUUUAGAGUGUCAGAAACCUUUAAACCUUUUGUUGCGGAAUUGCAAAAAGGAUGCGAUCAAGUGGCUCUUUCACUGUGUUGGUUGCCCUUGUGACCAGAUGAAGAAUAGAUUCAAAAUCCAGUUCCUCCCUUGGCCAUGCAAAACAGAAAACAAACUGUCACUUAAGAACAGCCCGGUGCUGGAGUAAAUUCAGUAUGAAAGAGGAAAAAGCUCCUGUGUCUUAGAAGCCUCCCUCUGUUCUGGACUGGGGGCAGGAGUUGGACUCCGGGAAAUUUGGAUUUCUUCAAACAACCUCCUUUGGAAAUGGAAUAUAUUUCAAGCCAUCUUUGUCAAAACACAGCUGAAAUGUAUUAAUCAGAAUACUUGAAGAAGAUUUUUUCUUUCUUCUUUUUUUCUUCAAAAUGAGCAUUAUUAUGAAGCCAAGAUCCCGGUCUACAAGUUCCCUGAGGACUUCGGAGGGAGUGUGCUUCGAUGUGGACAAUGGCACAUCUUCUGGACGGAGUCCCUUGGAUCCCAUGACCAGCCCGGGAUCUGGGCUAAUUCUCCAAGCAAACUUUGUCCACAGUCAACGCCGGGAGUCCUUUCUGUAUCGAUCUGACAGCGAUUAUGACCUCUCACCAAAGUCUAUGUCCCGGAACUCCUCCAUUGCCAGUGACAUACAUGGAGAUGACCUGAUUGUGACUCCCUUUGCACAGGUCUUGGCCAGCCUGCGAACUGUACGGAACAACUUUGCUGCAUUGACUAAUUUGCAAGACCGAGCACCUAGCAAAAGAUCACCCAUGUGCAACCAACCGUCCAUCAACAAAGCCACCCUAACAGCUGAGGUGAUACCAGAAGAACUCAAGAGUAGACUUGAAGUGAUAUCAGAGGAAGGUGGUUACCCAAGUUUACUGACUGCUGAGGAGGCCUACCAGAAACUGGCCAGCGAGACCCUGGAGGAGCUGGACUGGUGUCUGGACCAGCUAGAGACCCUGCAGACCAGGCACUCCGUCAGUGAGAUGGCCUCCAACAAGUUUAAAAGGAUGCUUAAUCGAGAGCUCACCCAUCUGUCUGAAAUGAGUCGGUCUGGAAAUCAAGUGUCAGAGUAUAUAUCAAACACAUUCUUAGAUAAGCAACAUGAAGUGGAAAUUCCUUCUCCGACUCAGAAGGAAAAGGAGAAAAAGAAAAGGCCAAUGUCUCAGAUCAGUGGGGUCAAGAAAUUGAUGCACAGCUCCAGUUUGACUAAUUCAAGCAUCCCAAGGUUUGGGGUCAAAACUGAACAAGAAGACAUCCUUGCCAAGGAACUAGAAGAUGUGAACAAAUGGGGUCUUCACGUUUUCAGAAUAGCAGAGUUGUCUGGCAACCGGCCUUUGACUGUUAUCAUGCACACCAUUUUUCAGGAACGGGAUUUAUUAAAAACAUUUAAAAUUCCAGUGGACACUUUAAUUACAUACCUGAUGACCCUGGAAGAUCAUUACCACGCUGAUGUGGCCUACCACAAUAAUAUUCACGCUGCAGACGUCGUCCAGUCAACACACGUGCUGUUAUCUACACCUGCUUUGGAGGCUGUGUUUACAGAUUUAGAGAUUCUUGCAGCAAUUUUUGCCAGUGCAAUACAUGAUGUAGAUCAUCCUGGUGUGUCCAAUCAGUUUCUGAUCAAUACAAACUCUGAACUUGCCUUGAUGUACAAUGAUUCUUCUGUCCUGGAGAACCAUCAUUUGGCUGUGGGCUUUAAGUUGCUUCAGGAAGAAAACUGUGACAUUUUCCAGAAUUUGACCAAAAAGCAAAGACAAUCAUUAAGGAAGAUGGUCAUUGAUAUUGUACUUGCAACAGACAUGUCAAAGCACAUGAAUCUACUGGCUGAUUUGAAAACUAUGGUUGAAACUAAGAAAGUGACAAGUUCUGGAGUUCUUCUUCUUGAUAAUUAUUCUGAUAGGAUUCAGGUCCUUCAGAACAUGGUGCAUUGUGCCGACCUGAGCAACCCAACCAAGCCUCUCCAGCUAUACCGCCAGUGGACGGACCGCAUCAUGGAGGAGUUCUUCCGCCAAGGGGACCGAGAGAGGGAGCGGGGCAUGGAGAUAAGCCCCAUGUGUGACAAGCACAAUGCUUCUGUGGAAAAAUCACAGGUGGGCUUCAUAGACUACAUUGUUCAUCCUCUCUGGGAGACGUGGGCAGACCUGGUCCAUCCUGACGCCCAGGACAUUUUGGACACUUUGGAGGACAAUCGUGAGUGGUACCAGAGCACAAUUCCUCAGAGCCCCUCCCCGGCGCCGGAUGACCAGGAGGAGGGCCGGCAGGGUCAAACCGAGAAGUUCCAGUUUGAACUGACUUUAGAGGAGGACGGCGAGUCAGACACCGAAAAGGACAGUGGGAGUCAAGUGGAAGAAGACACGAGCUGCAGUGACUCCAAGACGCUCUGCACUCAAGACUCGGAGUCCACCGAAAUCCCCCUGGAUGAGCAGGCGGAAGAGGAAGCCGUGGGGGAGGAGGAGGAGGAGAGCCAGCCCGAGGCCUGUGCCAUCGGAGACCACUCGCCCGACACAUAACAGGGCAGAGACUUCCAUGCCUUUUGUUUGCGUUUUUUGUUUUUUUAAGUAGAAACAUUGUUUCCAAAGUGCAUGUCACAUGCCACAACUACGGUCACACCUCACUGUCAUCUGCCAGGACGUUUGCGGAACAAAACUGACCUUGACGACUCAGUCUAGCGCUCAGGAAUAUCGUCACCAGUUUUUUCACCUCCAUGUCAUCAGAACGAGGGGGACAUCUUCACGAACAGCAGUGUCACAAGAUUGCAGCUCGGUCGAGCUGAAGAAGCAGAGAAAAUCAACUCCAAAGUGUUUUCUAGGGAGUGUGGCUCAUCAGGCAGCCCAAAAGUUGAGAUGAUUUGGGGGUUCUUUUCCUUUUUAUUUGUUUGCAGUAUUUUCAGCAGCAAGAAGGCAUUACAUGGACGGAGUGAAGCAACAAGUGGGUCAGGAACAGGACACAUUGUGAAGCUGUUACCAGGAAGAAGAUGAGCCACAGAAAUUGCAUAAUUUUCUAAUUUCAAGUCUUCCUGAUACCUGACUGCAUAGUGUGGUUCAGUGAGCUGCACUGACCUCUACAUUUUGUAUGAUAUGUAAAACAGAUUUUUUGUAGAGCUUACUUUUAUUAUUAAAUGUAUUGAGGUAUUAUAUUUAAAAAACUACGUUCAGAACUUCAUCUGCCACUGGUUAUUUUUUUUCUAAGGAGUAACUUGCAAGUUUUCAGUACAAAUCUGUGCUACACUGGAUAAACCUAAUUUACAAAUUUUACUUGCACCUUAGACUUCAUAGCAAUUAACUGAUUUGUAGUGACCCAUUGUUUUAUAUACCAAUGACUUCCAGAUUUUAAAAACAAAAAUUGACUUUAUGUUGCAGGAAACCCUUUUUGUAGGUCUUCGUUUACUGGCUUUUCGUUUCACUCUUUUCAGACACGCAGAGUUGCUCCCCACUUACAUUUCUCUUCACCGUGUGCAAAGUGAAUACUUGUUCCACAAUACUUUGAUGUGCAUUCUGUCUAAUGUGUCUCAAGCCUCAUGGACACUCAGUCAUCAGUUGGUGUUGUCUGAAGCAAGUGAGAGAUAUAUAAAUACCCAGUAGCUAAAAUGAUCAGUCUUUUUUAGAUAUUUUCCUACUUAGUGUCUUCUGAGAACAUUUUGCUGUGGCGAUAGACCCUCAUUUCACAAGUGCAUGUCUUUGUAAUAACCCACACAUUUCAUGCUCAUUUUUGUUUUCACAGUCAUAGUAAGAACUUUUCCCCCUUGUGCUGCUUCAUUAUCAGUGUGUGUUUGAACCUCUGUCCACAUUCACUGCAUGGUGUCUUAUCAGCUAUAUCACCACCAUGCUGACUGAUGCAAAGAACAGGUAGUCAAGUUAGAGUUAGCAUUCUUUUCUGCCAUGAGGUCAUAUAUAAUGACUAGCUUUUACUUUUGAUUUAUGAAGAAACGUUAACAGCUAGCUAGGUAAUUUUUUAACAAUAUUAGCAGAAUAUAUUAAUGAAGACCAGUACAAUGAAUGCUCUUUUGUUUCUCUGAUUUCAUCAUGGGAUUAAGAACUGUAUGAGGAAUAUUCCUGAGAAGUGAUUUUAAGUGUAGCAAUGACUCUUCCUUAACGGACAGCCAUGUAACACGUAGCACUUGAUUUAUCAGUUAUCAUUGAUCCAUAAGUAUGUCUUGUGGAGAAAAACUUCUUUAAAUACACUGACAGAAAGAAGUUGAUGAUGCCCCUGGCACCAGAGAUUUGGCAAUAUAAUGCCGUUUUAAAAUACUGGGCUGGGUAAGAAGAUUCUGCCUAAGUCAAACAUUAGAGAUCACUGUUGGCUAAAUUUAGCAUCAAGAAAUGUAUUACAAUUUUAGAGAUUGAUUCCCAGUAUUUACCUUCAAUUGGCAUCUUGGGGCAUUUAUUUAGUUUGGACUUCCUUCCCACUUCAGCUCUUAAUAAAGUGUUUACCUUCUCUGUGAAGAGUUUGGAGCCCAAAUAAUCAUUUUUUAGAGUGAUAUCCAAGAACCCAAGUAGAGGCUAAAGGAGUAUCAGACCAAAUGGAAAAUAAAUAAAACACUAAAUAAAAUUGUAACCCUGAAAAACAUUUAUAUUGGGGAUGUCAAAAGAAGCCAUCUGGGGACUAAUCACUAAGUCAGCAGCCAGGGAAAUGACCCAAGCUGAAGAUACUAUUUUAAUCCCCUGAGAUCCACUGAUGCUUAGAAAUUUGGAUAGAAAAAUUAUGUAGCUCCGAUCUUUCACACAGAGCACAGGAUAGGAAUUGACCAAUUAAUUAUCAGAUUUCCACCCUCCUUCCCCUGUAAAAAUCAGACUUUCAAAGAAAGUCUUAUGUUUGGCAAGUGGUUUCACAAGAAUAUUUGGAAACUUGUUUCCAUUUUUAUUUGUCCCUGAUGGAGGUUUAGAGGAAAAGGCAAAGAAUCUAGUGUUUAUUCCUUUCUCAAAAUAUUCUCAUUCCUUCCCCUCCCUAAUGCUUGGUAUUUCCCCCCCAGAGUGCCUAGAAUCUUAAUAAUGAAAAAAAAAAAAAUUAAAACAGCAAUAUGUCACAAACAAAUCCAGACCUGAAAAGAUUUAUAACUGCACUAAAAAAGAGAGGCUUUUUCUUUUUCAAUUUGUUGGUUUUUAAUGGUCACAUGUUGUAAAGAUAUCCACUGAUGGACAAUCAAAUUGUAGAAGAGACAUAAUAUCCAAAAGACAGGGACUAGUGCACUAUACACUCUACUUCUCCUCUCCCUUCUCUUUCACCAAAGUGUGCUUCAGAAUUAUACACUGCUUUAAAAAGAAUAUCCUUUUACAAGUGACUUUACGUUUCCUAAAAUGCCAUAAAAAAAUGCAAUAUCUGGGUACUUUACGGGGAAGAAAAUGUCCAAGUUUGCAUAAAACCAGUACAUUUCAGCUUGCAAGUUACUAAACACGAUAAUGCUGUUUUAAUUUUCUUUUACGUCACUUAAAAUUCACAAGAAAAUAAUGUAGAUAGAACAAAUUGCAGACAAGGAAAAAAAAAACUUGAAUGAAGUGGAUUUUACAGAAAGCUUUAUGAUACUCUUUGAAUGCAUUAUUUAUUUUUUGUGCCAUGCAUUUUUUUCUCACCAAAUGACCUUACCGGUAAUACAGUCUUGUUUGUCUGUUUACAACCAUGUAUUUAUUGUAAUGUACAUACUGUAAUGUUAAUUGUAAAUUAUCAGUUCUUAUUAAAACAUCAUCCCGCAAUGGGAUGGUGUUGAUAUAUUUGGAAACUCUUGGUGAGAGAAUGAAUGGUGUGUAUACAUACUCCUUGUACAUUUUCUUUUCUUCUAUAAAAUAGUCUUGUCACCUUAGAGCUUGUUUAUGGAAGAUUCAAGAAAACUAUAAAAUACAUAAAGGUAUAUAAAAUUAAGAAAACAUAGCUGCAGGUCUUUGGUCCCAGGGCUGUGCCUUAACUUUAAUCAAUAUUUUCUUCUGUUUUGCUGCAUUUGAAAGUUAGGUAAUGGUGGGGCUAGGGCUGGGCAUUUUACAUCUGAGCUUUGAAUCUGUUGGAUUUCUGGCAACAGCUGGAUUUUACAGAAACACGGACCACCUCUGGAGCAUUCUGAGACCCUUUUGAGAGACAAGCCCUUAAGUACUUUUUGCCAUGAAGCAGCAUGGCAUAUUGAUGGUGAUUUUUCCCUAUCAGAUACUAACUGAGCUACUUUAGUUAGUUACAUUUGAUUUUUUAUUUUCAAACACUACUGGGAAGAUAUAUUCUUGUCCAGUGAUUAUAAAAAGUCUUUUUAGUCUUUAAAAGUCUUCUAGAGCACGUGGGCAAAUGAAUUUGAUUUGAAACUAGAGCCGUAGGUCACGUGUGUUAGUAAUUUAUUCCUUGGCUUCCUGUCAUGUUAAGGAAAUAUAUAAUAUGAAAAAGGUCAUUUUUUUAACCAUUCAACUAAGAUGAACCAAAUUUCCUUAUGUAUGUAAAUCCAUAUAUUUAAACACAAAGUUUUAUAUGAUGCCAAUUCACACGGCAUAAUGGAUUCACCAUUCUCUAGAAUCUGUUUCAGCAAAACUUACAUUGCUUUAGAAUUUUUAAAUUCAACCUUGCACAGCUCCUAAAAGCUAUGAAAAAUUCCCAGUGGCCCAGCCCUCAGGAUGUGUGACUUAGUGAAAGGAGAGAUUCUUCUUCUAGAAAAAAUGAGCCUCCUUUUAUUUUCUUUCUUUCUUUAUUUUAUUUUAUUUUAUUUUUGACACAAACUGUAGAUUUUAGCAGCCCUGGCCCAAAGGAAUUUGAUUACUUUUGUUUUAAACAGUACAACGGGGACACUAUAAUUACAAAAAAACAUCCUUACUGAUUUUAGUUGUUUUUAAUUUGAUUUCUUUGGAUAUGUUUUCAGAGUGGUAAAUUGUGUGUGAGCAUUACAAAUGAUGAUUCUCUUAGUGGUUUCUUAGCCUCUCUUACAGCCCAUGGGGAUAGUACUGUACAUCAAUACCUUCAUAUGAAAUUUUUAUAUGCAAUGGAAAUAAAA